GUUGACAAACGUUACCAUAAGAUUGUCGGGUCAUGGGACAGUGAAGAGCACUUAGCAGAAGGCACAGAGAUUUUAUGCGGGAUGAUAAGGGAAAUCCAGAAGAAAUUCCCUACAUGGACAAAGGAACAGCAGCUCAAAGGUGGGAUUUCAGCCUAUAAUGCGGGACCUAACAACGUCCGGAACUAUGACAGAAUGGAUAUUGGCACAACACACAAUGACUACGCCAAUGACGUGGUUGCAAGAGCCAAGUUUUAUAAGAGAAAUGGAUACUGAGGUAUCUGAGCGAUGAUUAGAUUUGAGCCACUGAUUGAAUAUUUUGCUUCUAAUUAAACAAAGAUUUUAUCGGCUUCAGAUUUUAUCUAUCAAUUCAUGCGUCUAACAGCAGUACAAAAUUGGUUGUUAACAAUUUGCAGUUUUGGAAUUGAGUAUUGGCAAUAAAUAUUGUGUAUGUUUAAUC